AUGGUCCUAGCAGCCCUUUUCCAGGUCCUCAAGACCGAAAAUCCCAGCAUCUUGGACCUUCAGGAGAUCCUGGGCCCCAUUGUGGCCAAUCACAGCCGUGCCCCAGUCCUCCGCCAAUCAGAGACUUUGUACCACAACAAGGAUGAGUUUUACAUGGAUAUGUCUGAGUACUCUCGGCAGUACCCGGCCCUUCAAGAGUACCACUGCCGAACCUUCAUAGGUCUCUCUGGGUAUUGCCGGACUUCAGACCCUCUGAUCAUCUUGGCGGUGAAAUCCCAUCCUGCCUCCUCCGGGAGGAGAAGCGCGCUACGUUACACCUGGGCUCAGGAGAGGAGGAUUUGGGGAUACAGGUUCCUCCCCGUGUUCCUCCUUGCCAAUUCCGGCCGCCGGCCAGAGAUCGAGAGCUUGGUGGAGGAAGCCUUAUUUUACGGUGACAUUGUACUGUGGGACUUCAUGGAGAGCCACCAUAACUUAUCCCUGAAGGAACGCUGCUUCCUGGAGUGGCUGCAUUACCGCUGUCCGGAGGCCAAGUACAUACUCAAAGCUGACGAUGAUGAGUUUGUGAACCCGCACUCCCUGGCCUCCUACAUCUCCUCCACCGUACAGAGGUUCCCUCUCCAGGUCCAUGGAUUCUGCCAGACUCGGGCCCCGGUGGAACGUAACGGUAAAUACGGCAUCCCCGUCAGUGCCUUCCCGAACAAGUUCUACCCACCGUUCGUGUCUGGUGGGGGAUUCCUCUUCCCUGGCGAGGUGGUCCCAUCGCUCCUCCAAGCAUCGCUCACCAUCCCUGUCUUCCCAUUGGAUGAUGUGUACUUUGGUCUGUUGGCUCUCGCCGCCAAUGUCUCCUUCCACCACGAGCUGCGCUUCCGUACCUUCGGGCUGAAGUCCAACGAGAUUUGCCGCUUCCGGGACGUCCUGGUGGUCCACAGAUUAUCGAGACGUCGCCUGCUGGAAAUCUGGGACGCCCUUCCUUACACCUUACCAUGUCCACCUAGCGAUACAGAGAAGCAAGAGUAUGAGAGGAUAGUCCAAAGUGUACAACGGAGUGACGACAGAAGCGCUAAAGUGGACCUGUCAUCAGAUAAAUUAUUCAUAUGA